UCUCUCUCUCUCUCUCUGACUAUCAAUCGGAAACUCUUCUUUACUCUCCGUAAAAGGAAAGUAUCGCCGCUCAUUCAAGUACACGCACUAAAUCCAAAACUAUUAAUUCCCCAAAAUACCCUUCCAUUUUUCCCUAUCCAUCUGAUUUCACUCUUUUACUCAGAGGGGGCACAGCAGUCAUUCCAACACCAAUCAUCUUGUUUCUUUUUAAUUACCAAUCAGACAAUCGCCAAUCCCUCCACAAAAAAGCAUCGGGGGUGUCCCCAAUACGACCCCGUUUUACAAUAAAACCCCAAAUCUCAUUUAAUUUUCUUUCAUUCUUCUUCUUCUUUUUUCAAAUCAAAUACAAUUAGUACUAUAUAUAUAUAAUUCUCACAAUUCGUUCGUAUUGAUCUGCGAUUCAAUUAUGGACUUGUAAGUAUGCAAUAAUUUUGAAUUUAUCGGAUAUCGGAGCCCUAAUUUGUACGACUCGUUGAUUUCGCAUUGAAGAUUCUUUGGAUUCGGAUCUUAGGGUUUCAAUGGCAGAUCAGGAAGAGGAGGACCUGAGGAUCGCUCUGAGGAUGAGUAUGCAGCACUCUCCACCUGAGCCCAAGCGGAGCAAGCCAAGGGACACACCUGCCGGAGCUCCGGCUGUCUCGCCGGACGAGUCGCCCCGGCGUUUACAGCGGGAGCUCAUGGCCGCUGCUGCCGAGAAGCGAAUGCUGGCGGCGAGGACGGGCUCUGCUUCGGGCUUGGCCGGCUCGGGUUUGGGUUCGGUGUCGAAGGUUGAGAAGAAAGAGAAGGAAUUGGGAGUGGAGAGUGUGAAUUUGGGGAAGGAGCUGUCGCAGGAGGAAGCCAAGCAGUUGUUUUCGAUGGUGUUUGGGACUGAGGUCUCCAAAGACAUUCUUGCACAGUGGACUAAUCAGGGAAUAAGGUUUAGUUCUGAUCCAGAAACAUCUAUGGGCCUAGUGCAGCAUGAAGGUGGGCCCUGUGGCGUCUUAGCAGCCAUACAAGCAUUUGUUCUCAAAUAUAUUCUUUUCUCUCCGGAUGAAUUGUCUAAAAGUCAAUUUGUUGCAUCGAAUAAUUUUGCUUCUCUAACUGAAGAUGCAAAAGCAAGAGCCUUGGUUAGAAGUAUGGGCGAGAUAUUGUUUUUAUGUGGAGAUAAUAAAAGGGCUGCAGUUGCAACUUUGAGUGUCAUUAGGCAAAAGGUUGAGGGCUCUGAAGAUGGUUUGAAGGAAGAGAUCAUUGGAAAAGCACUUGAAGGUUUGUCAAUUGAAUCAGGUUAUGAUUUGCAGACAAUUCUGAGAGUGGACACAUAUACUUUGCAAGCUAGUGCAUUACAGCGGCUUGAAGAAAUGAUUCCUAUUUUCCAAAGUCGUAUGGGGGCAAUGCUGUUUCUUAUUUCUGCUUUACUUUCUCGAGGCCUGGACUCUGUUCAAGAUGACAGGGAUGAUCCCAGCCUUCCUCUAGUCACUGCUCCAUUUGGGCAUGCCUCUCAGGAAAUUGUAAACCUACUGCUCUGCGGGCAGGCUGUCCCUAAUGUGUUUGAUGAGAGAAUUGAUUUGGGUGGUGGCAUGUUUCUAAAAGGCAUAUCCAGAAAUGUGGAAGUUGGAUUCCUCACUCUGCUAGAAUCCCUCAAUUUCUGUAAGGUUGGCCAGUAUCUGAAAUGCCCACGAUGGCCAAUAUGGGUUGUUGGGAGUGAGUCCCAUUAUACAGUUCUAUUUGCUCUUGAUAUCAGCGUUCAAGAUGAGAAUGAGCUGGAAGAAAGGGAAUCACAAAUCCGUAAAGCUUUUGAUGCCCAGGAUCAGAGUGGAGGUGGUGGCUUCAUUAGUGUGGAAGGGUUCCAUCAAGUUCUCAAGGAAACUAGUAUCAAACUUCCUCCAGAGAAGCUUGAUCACCUUUGCAGCACCGGUUUUAUUGUAUGGAGUGAGUUCUGGCAGGUUAUUUUGGAUUUGGACAGGAGCAUGGGAGGUCUGAAGGAUUCAUCUGGAUUGAUGGGUAAGAAAGUUUUUGAUCUUUACCAUUUUAAUGGGAUUGCAAAAUCAGAUUUGAAUGGCGGUCAAGUAACAUCUGGAGGUGAGACUCCUGUGCAAAGACCAAGGCUUACUAAAUUGAGGGUUUCAGUACCCCCAAGGUGGACGCCAGAGGAAUUCAUGGCUGAUGUAGCCCUGUCCUCUGGUUCAGGUGGAAAUGAUUCUAGUGGGAAAGAUGCUGAAGUGGCUAAACCAGAGCCUUCUCAGCAUGCACCUUUGGUGGACUGCAUAAAAACACGCUGGCCCCGUGCCAUUUGCAAUUGGGUGGGAGAUCCCCCUAGUAUUGUCUGAAUGGUUUACUAAUUCUGCCCGGGUCCCUGGUUGUGGUAAUUUAGAGAGCGCAAAUUUAAAGCAAGCACAGAUAAAGUGGAGAGGAGAUUUUCUUGUUUGGUUUGGUUGCAUUUCAGAGUACAUGAACGGAAUCUGUUGACUGUUUUUGUAGUCUGAAAUAUGUGCAUAGCAUUGUACUCUAUGUCGCUGUAUCUUUACCAUUCGAUUUUGAUAUGUCAGCUACUGAACGGAAGGGAGGACAAAUGUGAUAUUUGUUGUCAAUCAAGGAGUAAAAAUCAUUCAUAAUUUA